UCACCGUCGCCGUAACCGUAGCCUUUCGCCGUUCUCGUCAUCGUCGUCGUUUUUGGUAACGUUUGCCCGCCGUCGCCUUUGGAUACAAGAAUACGAAACUCUGCGCUCCCUCGACCUAUGGCGUUAUUACAUUUACCUGUUCGCGUGUGUUCCCAACUGUGACAACAACAGCAGCAGCAGUAGCAGCAGCAGCCACUGGCACAGUCACAAUAGUUCUAGCUAAAGCCCAAAGAGUGCGUGCAAAUUCAGAUACACAGAUCCAAAAGUAUCUUAACAUAACUAAACUGUACAAAAGUGCCUUAAAGCAGCAACAAAAAUCGAAAUAUUGCAAAACUCAACGCCACAAAAAACCCGCCCCUCACCAACAAGAAAUCAACACUUGAUGCUCAAUGCAGAAUAUCUUGGCAGAAUUUUAAGUUACGCUUUUUUGAUUUUUUGAUAUUUCUCAAGUGUUUUUGGGUGGUUGCCGGUCUAUAAGCCAAAUAUAUGGUAAUGGCAGAGAUUGGUGGCCAUUUGGCUCACCAGCUACCAUUGCACAAUCACAAUCACAAUCACAAUCAAACUGGAUUACAGCCAUCGCUGGUGAUGAAUCAUCACCUGGAUUUGGAUUGUCACGGCCAUGAUGUGAUAAAAAAACAACGCUUGUCGCAUUGUGUGGGCUGUGGCGGCCAAAUACACGAUCAGUAUAUACUGCGCGUUGCGCCCGAUCUGGAAUGGCAUGCGGCGUGCUUAAAGUGCCAGGAAUGCAGGCAAUUUCUGGACGAGAGCUGUACGUGUUUUGUGCGCGAUGGCAAAACCUAUUGCAAGCGUGAUUAUGUUAGGUUAUUUGGUACAAAAUGUGAUAAAUGCGGUAACUCCUUUAGCAAAAAUGAUUUUGUGAUGCGAGCCAAAACGAAAAUCUUUCACAUCGAAUGUUUUCGUUGCUCAGCGUGUGCCCGUCAACUGCUGCCAGGCGAUGAAUUCGCGUUACGCGACGCGGGCGCCCUGUACUGCAAGGAGGAUCACGAUGUGCUCGAGAAAUCAUCGCAAAGUAGUCUAACAUCAUCAUCUGUGGAGAGCAACAACAACAUUAGCAGUAAUAACAACAACAAUACAAAUCUUAGCAAUAAUAACCAUUCCAGCGAACUGGGCUCAAUGUCGGAUUCUGGCAGCGAAUCGGGCUCACACAAAAGUAUUAGGGAAAAGCGUCCCUCGGGUCCAUCGGACGGCAAGCCGACGCGAGUGCGCACCGUGCUCAACGAGAAGCAGCUGCAUACGCUGAGAACCUGCUAUAAUGCUAAUCCGCGACCUGAUGCGCUCAUGAAGGAGCAGCUGGUUGAGAUGACGGGCCUGUCGCCGCGGGUCAUACGCGUCUGGUUCCAGAACAAGCGCUGCAAGGACAAGAAGAAGACCAUCCAAAUGAAGCUGCAAAUGCAACAGGAGAAGGAGGGUCGCAAGCUUGGCUAUGGCGCCAUGCAGGGCAUACCCAUGAUUGCCAGCUCGCCGGUGCGACACGAUUCGCCCCUGAAUCUGCAGGGUCUGGAUGUGCAGACAUAUCAACCGCCAUGGAAAGCCUUAAGCGAUUUUGCCCUGCACGCCGAUCUGGAUAGCAAUGGGGCCAUCAAUACGCACACGCCCGCAUUUCAACAGCUGGUCAAUCAGAUGCACGGCUACGAUUUAAAUGGAAUGCCCGUGCUGCCACCACAUCCGCCACAGGGACCACACCCACCACCGCCGGGUCAGCAAAUGAACGGCCCGCCUGGGGGCAGCAGCCUGGACUCGGGCAUCACGUCGCACCAUCAUCCGGAUAGCACAGACUCGUAUGUGACCUACCUGGAGAGCGAUGACAAAUCCAAGCUGGCGCUGACGCCAUCGUCCUCGUCAUCGGCAUCGGCGGCCACAUCGAUCUCAUCGCCGCCGUCAUCAACAGCUGCCGGCGGUGUGGUGGGUGGUGGUGUUGGUCUUGGUCUUGUGGGCGUAGGCGUGGGCGUGGGCGUUGGCUUAGGCGUUGGCGGUGGUUCCAUUGCCGCCAAUCAGUCGGCCACGGAGCAGCUGAUGCAAAUGCUACAAAAAGUUACCGGCUCGCCGGCAUCAGUCCUCUGAGCGCAAGCCCAACUGCGUCUGGCGGCGGCGGCGGCGGCAUCGGCGGCGGCUGGGGGCGUGGCGGCAGCGAUGGCGAGGAUGCGGAUGCGAAUGCAGCUGCAGCUGCUGUAAAACAGCGCAAACAGCUCGCGGGCUUGUGCAAUGUGGCGAAGCUCUUGCGCGAUAUAUUCGUGUCGGUUUUUGAUUCGGUGCCAAAAAUAGUCUGUAGGCCAUUGGCUGGCAUUAAAUCUGGGUCUCUGGCCAGGCUCUCUCUACCUCGGCCUCUGCCACUGGGGCUUGGGUCCUACUCUGACUCUGGUUCUGGGCGCGGUUACGGGUUGCGUGGUGCGGGGUGCGGGUACGGGUUUCGGUACACAGAACUGGAGACGGGCAGUUGUCAGUUUCAAGUUUCAUUUUGCCGUUUUCUUUGUUAUGUAAUAUACCAAUUUUUGUUGUCUUUUUCGAAUUAAAUUAAUUACGCAAAAAACAAAAAAAAAAAAAACAAAAUAAAAAAAAACAACAAAAAUGCUCAUACACUUGAAAAGUUUUAACAAUAAUUUCGCAUUAAAAUCAAGCUCGUCAAGUAGGGAAUUUCAUUAAACACACAAAUUGUACAUAAUUUUUAUAUAUAUACAUACAUAUAUAUUUUCAUUAAAAAUGCAAGAAACAAAACAAAAGGGAGAAAAAAUUGAAUCACAAAAAUCAUAUGCGUACAUUAAAAACCAAAUGGAAAGGAAAACGAGAAAUUGACUAUAAAGAAGAACCUCGUGUGUAUUAUAUGGGUAUAUAUAAACUGCAAAGUAAACUAAACUAUAAAUAAAAUCGCACUUGGCCAGUUGUAAAUCGAAUUAACAAAAAUCAGCUACGUUAAGUUCAUUAAAUUGUAUUGAAAGAAGAAAAAAAAUGGAAACGUAUGUAAGUGAGAAAACUGUAACUAAAUCUAGACUUAUUUGUUAGUUUUUUAAAUAUAUUUCCAUUAACACAAAGAGUAAAUAGAAUAAAACGAAAGCAAACUGUAAGGCAGCGAACGUACCAAGGA